AUGCGGAUAGAACCCAAACGCAGGGAUUCUGGUGUCGUUUAUAUUUCCUCGUCCGAAUUCGUGAUACUCACUUCUCGGUUGUCGUCGUCUGUGAUGAUGAUGAUGACAAUGAUACGCGUGCUUCUGUUUGAAUUUUUAACUCCUGUUUUCACGCCUUUCAUUCUGAUCCAUUCUCUUCAGAAUUGGUACAGCCUCAAUGCCUAUGGUGAAGUGGACAUCAAUAAAGAACCGUGGUUUCAUGGUGUGUUACCGCGAGCGGAAGUUGAGAGACUGCUCCAGAAGCAAGGUGAUUUCCUUAUACGGCAAACUAGUAAACGGGCCAGUUGCCGCGAUCUCGUCCAAAAUUGGAACGCGGCGAUUGAAGAGAAUCGCAAAAUUGUGGACGGGACCAGUUCAACAUCCGACCGUGGUGUGCUACCCGGUGUGGACACAACUGUGAUGCGCAUGGUACUCUCGGUGUACUGGUUUGGCCACAAGCAUUUCAUUCUGUACGGUGGCACACCCAACGAUUCCGGUUGGCGAUUGGAAGAAGGUGAAUUUCCCACCAUCCGGCAAGUGAUCACACUUCGUUUGCACCGUUCCUUGGAACUGUUGGAAUAUCACAUGCUCACCCAGACCCCGGUGACAGCCAAAUCCGGAGCCUGUUUGAUCACCCCAAUCACUAGGCCAGAUUGGGAAUUGGACAACAAAGAUGUGCAGUUGGUCCAGAAAAUUGGACAGGGUAAUUUUGGAGAUGUCUAUCGGGGUUUCUACAACGGGUGUGAAGUGGCUGUCAAAACGUGCCGUGUGGAUAUGACCGCGUCAGAUUUGCGUCGCAAAUUCCUACAGGGCGAAACCACCGCGCUCAAUUUUUGUCAUCCUCACAUCGUCAAACUGAUCGGGAUCGCAGUGCGUUCCUAUCCGAUCAUGAUUGUGAUGGAAUACGUGCCAGGUGCGUUGCAUCAAACAAAUGUAGAGUUUCCCCCCCCCCGCCGCCACGUGGGUGGUUCGGUUUAUUCUCAUGUCCGUUCCGUAAAUGAUUUUUAA